AAUCUGCAGCCAAAUCACCGAGCCAAUGAUGUUAUAGUUCUGGAAGACAUGCCACAGUUGCUGACUGCCAAAUUCAUGUACGGUUCACUAGAUAUUACCUGUCUUUCAGGAGAGAAGGUUGAUGUGAAUGUCAUGAAGCAACCUCCCGCUGGUGACUGGACUCUCCUGGGAACUGAGACCACAGACAGUCAUGGCAGAUUUACAUUUGAGAUACCCCAAGAGCAGAGGUUGAGCCAGGGACUGUACCCAGUGAAGCUUGUUGUCAGAGGGGACCACACAUCAGUGGAUUUCUAUUUGGCUGUGCUGCCACCAAAAACAGAAACUGUGGCCUUUAGCAUCGACGGCUCCUUCACUGCCAGUGUUAGUAUCAUGGGCAAGGAUCCCAAGGUCCGAGCAGGAGCAGUUGAUGUGGUCAG